ACCCCAGAGUGGCUGGACAGCGACUCGUGUCAGAAGUGUGAGCAGCCUUUCUUCUGGAACUUCAAACAGAUGUGGGACAGUAAGAAGAUCGGCCUGCGACAGCACCACUGCAGGAAGUGCGGCCAGGCGGUGUGCGGCAAAUGUUCGUCCAAGCGCUCCACCAUCCCCCUCAUGGGCUUUGAGUUCGAGGUGCGUGUGUGUGACAGCUGCCACGAGUCCAUCACCGACGAGGACCGAGCGCCCACAGCCACCUUCCACGACAGCAAGCACAGCGUUGUUUACAUGCACUACGAGCCCACCACCGGGACCCUGCUCACCUCGGGCAGCGACAAGGUUGUCAAGCUGUGGGACAUGUCUCCUGUGGUGUCCUGAGGUCAGCUGACGCUCUGUCCACCAAACUGAGGGCUUCACGGCAGCAGUUGCACUUGGAAGAGAAAGAGAGGAACAGUCUCCAUGUCACCUGGAUAAUAUUUAACUUUGAGCAGCGGCUGUCCACAGGGAGGACUCUGGGAGCAGCACGGAGCGGACUGAAGGUUACAGACAGUGGUGGGUGUUUGUUUGUGUGGGGGAUCCCUAUCUGUGUGUAUGUGUGUGUGUUUGUAUUAUAUCAGUGUGUGUGGGAGGGCUUUGGACUUUACGAGGACUUGAAAAUCCUUAAUUUUCAUGCAUUCCUGCCGAUUUCAAACCUGAAGUGAAACAUUUCUGCACUUUGUCAGCGGGUACCGUAUUUAUUUUAAGGAGGGUAACCGAAUUGAACAAGAAGUCACAACCUUCAACUCACUCAUUCACUGUUAGCAGGCUGUAAGAGGAAGCUGUUGGAUCACGUCUACAGUUCUACACCGACAUGCACGACCUACAGGAAGUAAAGAAAGUAGCAGCAGACAAUUUCUUUGCUUUCAAAUUCACCAAAUCCGGCUAUGACCGCUUUUAUCCAUCUAGAAAGUCACUAAGAGACCGGUCAUAAAGGACAGAGAACACAUAGUGACACUUUGAGGACAUGAGCAUUAAAAGGUGGUCAUAUAGUACUGUAGAUAUGCUAAUGGCGCUAUUUACAGUCUUCCUGCAGCUCUUAAAGGAAUAUUUCAUCACAAAAAAUAUCAUUUUGUUUAUCAACUUCUUGUUCUCCUAAAAGAAAGAACCUAAACGGAGAAAAUACUUUGAGUUAAAGUUAAAACUAUAUCAUAUCAUAUGUUUACGAACUCUCAUUCAUCGUAACCCAAGUCUCACUAUACCCUAAAUAAAUCAAUAUCAUGCGCACCCAAAUAAUCUCUCACCUUAAUGCCGAGGUAGUUGAUAUCACGGCAACUUUUAAAACGUUUUCCUGCAGCGAAACAUUGUUCAGAUCCACAGAACUUAAUUUCAUAUUCUAGUAGUGAUUAUAAAGUUUGCAAAACAUAAAAUAAAUAUGGCUAAAAUGUGGGAAAAAGUAUAUAAGUUGAUAUCAUUUGAUGAAAAGUAUGGAGUCUUAUACAGCUGCCUAAAAAGUUGAAUAGGUUUGGACAUUACAGUAGAUAUUGAUGUAUUUGUAUUGUGGACCCUUGUCAUGAUGCAGACCUGUGAAGUUUUGUAAUCCGUGCAUUAACCAUCAGACUGCUUGUGUGUUUUAUGAGAUUAUUUAUUAUUCUACGUGUUGGUCUAAAUGUUUCUGACACAUAUCAUCAAGUUAAUGAGUGGCUUCACAUUCAUACAUGUAUCAGGACUGAAAGGAAGUUAAUGAACGUUUGAUUUUGUUUCUUAUCGUUACUGUCACUGUACUGACUUCUUGUAUGUCACUGCACUGGAAUCAAACAUUUCACAAAUGGCUGCUGUGAAGAGAUGUUUCUGUGAUUAUCAAGUUUGUGCUUUAACCGUCUCAUGGUAACUAAGUUGAUUCAUAAUAACGUUUAAACCCCGCUGAAUAUUUCCCAAAGAUGUUAAGAUUGAAAAUAAAGUUGUGUUUGAAGAGGCCCUCUUAUAGUUUGUGUGCAUGUAAAUGGUCUGCUAAGGAUAAAAUCCCUUGUGCUACCAUUGGCUAGCGCUCCAACACAUUAUACGUGAUUGGCUAAGGGGCAGGACCUCUCUAAGACCCCAUUUACACGGGAACGCAAACAGACCGAAUUCGAUAUCAAAAAAGUCUUCCGUUCCCACGGAUACGGCUCAAUAAACGUGUCCCUUCACACGAGACCACUCGGCCCGCUGGAGACGCUGUAGUACAUAUGCCGCGCAACAAAAUACACUAAAAGCAGUGAAGAAGACCCCCGAGCAUGGUUGCCAUGGUUGCCCUUCUGUUUAUUCUCGGCGGUGGAUUUAGCAACAUGUAGUUCUCCAUGUCCACUUGUUGCUGAUGGUUGUGCGCUAACGUCUGUAGCAUGGGCAGUAGCAGUAGCUACUCUACAGCAGUGAGCAGCAGAGAUGGGGCUAUGGCUUCAUCGUUAUCAGGAAAUGAUCGUAUAGGACGUACACACGGAGCCGUUUGGCCCCCCAGAGCGUUCCGUCCGCAGAUCUAUCCACCUUGGGACCCUUUAUCCCGUUUGCGUUACGGCCUCGUGUGAACGAAGAGAGAAAAGUAGCGGAUACAACCCGUUUCGUUCUCGUGUAAACAGCGCCUAAGUUGUUGACCAAUCACAACAGAGCCGGCUCGCUAACCAAUCAGAGCAGACUGGGCUCUGGUUUUAGACAGAGGGUGAAAAGAGGUGCUGCAGCACAGACAGUAUGAGAAACAUUAAGAGCUUUUUGAACAUUGGAGACGUGUCCCAGUCGAGGCACUAAAUACAAAGAUGGACCUGAGAAUGAGCGUCAAAAGGCCCCUUUAACACAACAGGAGUGAAAAAUGACUCGCUGUGAGAGCUUGUGGAAGACCUUCAAACAACCAGUGUUUUCAGCUCUUCUUUAAAAUCAUGUAGAAUUCCUUCUUUUUGCAGACCCGUUAAAAAUGCAUGAUGUACAGUUCACGUUUUUGCCAGAAGCUGUUAAAUAGUUGUUACUAUUCACUUAAGCUGUUACUGCCUGGACUAGUUGUUAAAAAUACUGAAACACAAUAGCUUGUUUUGCUAAAUAAAUUCCUGUGUUCAUGUAAAGUGUAUGAUUUAAAUGGAUGAUUUGCAUACAAGUUUAAAGAUUAAGAAUACUUAAAAUCCUGUUGCAGUUCAAAUAAAUUCAUCCAAGGCCAGUGGUUUAUUGUUCUGUUGCAGGAAAGAUGUUUUGAUGUUUGUUUCUGUCCGUUGAUGUAACCAUGUAUGAAUAAAUGACUAAUUAAAAGAGCCGGUGCACCUUCUCCACAAA